AUGGGAAACAAGGUGAAUGUGGUGACGUUAUGUUUGUGUGUGUGGACCCUCUUGUUUUGUUUUGUUUCUUGUGUGCCAAAUGAGGGGUUGCGUAGGAUUGGUUUGAGAAAGGUGAAAUUGGGACCCAAAGAUUUCUUGGGGUUGAAAGGUGGUGAAGCUUUAUUGUCUAAAAAUAUUCUUGAAGGAACUGAGGAAUUCGAUGUUGUUGUGUUGAAGAAUUAUUUGGAUGCUCAGUACUACGGGGAGAUUUCCAUUGGUACUCCUCCUCAGAAGUUUACGGUGAUUUUUGAUACUGGUAGCUCGAAUACAUGGGUUCCGUCGGUUAAAUGUUAUUUCUCGCUUGCAUGCUUAUUCCAUGCCAAGUACAAGUCUAGCCAAUCAAGUACUUACAAGCCAAAUGGGACUUCUGCUGCAAUUCAGUAUGGUACUGGAGCAAUUUCUGGUUUCUUUAGCUAUGACAAUAUAAAAGUUGGUGAUAUUGUUGUAAAAGAUCAGGAAUUUAUUGAAACAACCAGAGAACCUGGGAUUACAUUUGUGGCGGCUAAGUUUGAUGGUUUGCUUGGACUUGGAUUUCAAGAGAUAUCAGUUGGAAAUUCUGUCCCAAUAUGGUACAAUAUGGUUGAACAAGGUCUUGUGAAGGAUCCUGUAUUUUCAUUUUGGCUCAAUCGUAAUCCCAAAGAAGAGGAAGGAGGUGAGAUUGUUUUCGGUGGUGUUGAUCCUGAUCACUUCAAGGGAAAACAUACUUACGUGCCUGUGACACGAAAAGGAUAUUGGCAGUUUGACAUGGGAGAUGUGCUUAUUGAUGGAAAACCCACUGGAUAUUGUGCUAAAGACUGUUCAGCAAUUGCAGACUCAGGGACUUCUUUGUUGGCAGGACCAAAGACUGUAGUUACUAUGAUAAAUCAAGCUAUUGGAGCAUCUGGAGUUUACAGUCAAGAAUGCAGGAAUGUUGUUGAUCAAUAUGGACAAACAAUUUUGCAAUUGCUCUUGGCUGAAACACAGCCAAAGAAGAUAUGCUCCCAAAUUGGGUUGUGCACGUUUGAUGGGACUCGUGGUGUUAGUAUGGGUAUCCAGAGUGUUGUGCCACAGACUGAUAGAAUAUCAUCUGGCGGUCAUCAAGAUGCUACAUGUUCUGUAUGCGAAAUGGCUAUCGUUUGGAUGCAGAGCCAGCUGAAGCAGAAUCAAACGGAAGAGCAGAUAAUAAACUACGCCAACGCGCUUUGUGAUAAAGUGCCUAACCCAAUGGGACAAUCAUCUGUUGAUUGUGCAAAGAUCCCUUCCAUGCCUAAUGUUUCCUUCACCAUUGGUGGAAAAACGUUUGACCUUGCCCCACAAGAGUACAUACUGAAGGUGGGUGAAGGUCCUCAAGCCCAAUGCAUUAGUGGCUUUACUGCUUUGGAUGUUCCUCCUCCUCGUGGCCCACUUUGGAUCCUUGGAGAUAUCUUCAUGGGGCGCUAUCAUACCGUCUUUGAUUAUGGUAAACUCAGAGUUGGAUUUGCCGAAGCAGCAUAG